AUGGAAAGCUCCAGCAAGAAGAGGGCCUUCAGCGUCUCUGGCAAUCCUGAAGCUGAGCAGGCGGUGAGGAAGCGACACCGUCUACCUCAGACUUGCGAGUGGCUUCGUCAGGAGCCAGUCUAUCAGGCAUGGAAGUCGUGGAAUGAGAGCAGUUCACCCGUAUUAUGGAUCCAAGGGCCAGUGGGAAUAGGCAAGACAUUUCUGGCCGACUUCGUUGCCGGCGAUGUCGUAGGGGUCAGCCCUGAAUCACCAGUGCUCACCACACACUGCACGGCACAGUCUACUCCGGAGUUGCUAGUACAUGACCUCGCAGCUCAACUUGUAUCACGUCCGGAAGUUAGCGACCCUCUGAAGAUACGGGCUUCCAAACUCGUUGAUGAUAAAUACAAAGACACAGCGAGUCUGCCAUACGAUGCCAGCUACAAAACCUGGGACGAGUUCAGAUUCAUCGUCGGGGAGUCAUCGCGCCUGACGCUCAUAAUAGAUGGGCUGGACGAGUUGCCAAAUGAGUCCUUAUCACACCUGAAGUUUGACCUCCCAUCCAGGUUGGUUGAGCUGACUACAACUCUUGCCGAAAACGUCAGACUGCUUGUGCUCAGUCGGCCACAGUCCAGCAUUCUACGCGCACUCAGGGACUCGCCCACUAUUCAAGUAACAGCUACCAAGGUUGCUGACGACAUGAGACAGUUUUGCUUGUCAGAGGCUGCCAAAUACCCACAGCUAGGCUUGGAAGCCGACAAUGUCAGCACAGCUGUAGCCCGGAAAUCUGAGGGUAUCUUCAUUUGGGCAUCACUUGCUAUCAAAGUUCUCGCGAGUGAAACCAAAACCAGCGAGGGAAAUAUUGACUCACGGUUGGGGCGCCUUCCUACUUCUCUGAAUGGACUUUAUCGAGAUGCAUUUGAGCAACAGUCAAAGAACCUCCACCACACACAUAUUGUGCUUCGAGAUAUUAUUCUACGAUGGCUGGCAUUUUCAGUAAGGCCAAUGACACCUGUGGAAGUCGCAAACGCCAUAUCUACAGAAACCAACAUAUUCAUCGCCGACUUGGAAGCUACUGCGGUAGAAGUAUGUGGAUCUCUCGUCAAGUUUGAGGCCGGCUAUUUGAGACUUGUCCAUCACUCCCUCCUGGACUUUCUGCACAGUAAAGCGUCAUCGCCUGCUGAGAAUGAAGCUACAUGGGUCAGCGAACAGCAUCACAAGAUCACGGCAUGUCUCUUGGCGUAUCUCAUGCACACGUCAUUCCGGCACGUUACUGAUCUGCCGAGCUCGAAGGACUUUCGCAACCUCUAUCCGUUGGCAGAAUACGCAUGCCUCUACUGGGUCCACCAUUUGAGCUUGAGCAAAGAAGACCGACACCUGAAAGACCAAGUUGAGCUCUUCUUUCAAUCUACAAAUGCGAAGGAGUGGGUUAUCAAGUUACUUCCCGAAUUACUCGCGCACUCUGUCCUGCCUAUUCCACCUCGGCCACCAAUCAAUGCUCGUUUCUUCUAUAUUUCCAUGCUAAAGGCACAGGUAGUGAAUUACUUUGAGCAAGCCCGACGAAAUGAGGUUCGUCGAAAUAUUGAUAGAUGGCUGGAGUCCAUUUAUGAGGGACUCUUUGCGGAGACGAGCACGAAUAAGAAAUUGACUCCCACUGAAUGUCUACGCCGCCGGAUUGAACUGGCUGAAUUGUAUAGUUGGUUGCCAGAGCGUGGCGAUAGGGUCGCGCCCCAGUUGACGGAAGCAAUUGAAAUUUCUUCUCCAUCCAUGGAUGGGGAGAAUUGCCAGGAUUUGGUCAUCGCGGCUCGGCAGGCACUGGCAGAUGACCUCAAACGCAAUGGACGCUACGCAGAUGCGGAAGAGUUACUCAAAAGGCUGAUAGAGGACAUCAUACGUACGUCCUCUGACGAGAAUCCAGCACUUUCAUUCGCCUACGACAGCCUGGGCUGGGUCUUGUCGCGCCAAGGCAGGCUCGAGGAUGCAAAGACGUUCCUUCGGAAUGCCGUCGAAGCUUCCACCCAGCAGUUUGGUUCUAGCUCUCCACAUACGCUUCGGUCCCGUCUCACGCUUGCAGAAAUUCUGGCGAAGCUUGGCCGGAAUGAUGAAGCACAGGAACUGUACAGAUUUCUAGAGAACCGGCUACGCAAAUCUGAUCGGGACGGUGAACAGAUCACGAGUGACCUGCCCAAGGACGCAGUUGCGGACCUCAACAUUCUCGCGGGUAUUUACAUGCAACAGGGCAAAUACAGUGAAGCCAAAACCACAUUCCGCAUGGUGGUGGACGAACGAAAAAAGAUGUUUGGCCCGAACAGCCGCUUGACGCUGUGGGCUGAGAUGCAAUAUGGUCUUGCGGCAAACGGGGAAGGGGAUGCUGAGCAAGCAGAGGCUAUUUUGUCGGUAUUGCUUCCACGGCAAAUAGAGGUCUUGGGCCUUGAACACCAGGAUGUAAAAGAUGUUACAAAAGUGUUGCAAGAUAUAAAGGAAAAGGAGACGUGA